UAGUAAGGUGCGGACUGCGGUAUGCGCGAAGCUCUCGCCUUUUUAUUUCGAUCAAUGUUAAUUAUUGACGGGCAAUAAUGUUAUUGUUGAUCGGACGCAAUCAAAACAUCGUUAUCGGCAAGGUUAAUAGAUAUAAUAUUGAUGCAACGGAGUAAAGACGUUGGCUACUUAGCUAACUACAGUGUAAUGUUGAAAUAAACUGAUUAUUUUCCUUUGAGUUUCGGCGAUGUUCCUUGUGUUAAUAUUUCAGUGUUGUGUUUGUACAAUAAGCUGAAUGCGCCGUACUUUUUCGUACUAUUUUGUGUUUUGUUUGUGAUAAGACAAGAUGGGUUCGACGGGACUAACGCUGGCUGAUUUGCCCAAUAUUUUUAUUAUGAUAGGCGCUCUCAUUUCGCUAUUCGUAAUGCUAGUCAUACUGCUUAGGAACAUGGAGGUGAUAGGUAUUGUUGGCGAAGGGCGGGAGGAGACGUGGCCUCGCUCGAUGCAGCCACCACGACUUCUCAUGCAGAGGGUCCACAUACCUUUCACAUUCAAGGUCAUGGAGAACGAGCCUAUUGGAUACGGUGGUGUAAACUGCUGUGUGUCGUCAACAGUCCGUUAUUGGCACGCGUGUUGGUGGGGCGCACCCGUCCGCGACCUUCACCAGACCCUUUGGGGGACCCUGCCGGAGAUACUCGCUUCAAAUCACUUGAAUUUUACAAGAAGUAACCCCCACGACGAGAGGGUUCUUAAGCUGUCAUCUGAUGACGCACUUCAGCUAGGCCCGCCGCCUAGAAGCUGCUACCCUCUCGUGGUUAUUCUGGCACGAGAUCAGAGAGACACGGCGGAGCUGAGGCCUGAUGAUACGGUGGCCCUUGUGAGUAUAGUUCACAUUAAAGACGAGCAGUGCCCACUUCCGAGUGGAGUCAUCGCGCAAUAUUUGAAACAGGCCAACGGACACUUAUCGUGCUUAAAGCAAUUGUAUGUGUCCGGUGAGAUGGCAGACGUAGACGAGGGCUAUCGGGCCAAGGGCGAAGCCUUGUGCUGCGUGUGCGCAGCCGCCCCUUUAUCGCGCGCACUGUUGCCAUGCCGACAUGCCUGCUUAUGUGCGGGAUGUUUACCGAAGCUAGACAAAUGUCCAAUCUGUCGCAGCAUGAUUACGAGUUACUUUUGCAUCAGAAACGAGGAGGAACCGCGAUCAGACAAACAACAGUAUCCCAUUAAUAGGCGACUUCUAAAUCUAUUUCAUUAUCACUAGCCCUAUACAAUAUUUGAGCAUAGAUAAUAGACAUAAAUAAGGGUCUUGGCUCGAAACAGAAUUCGACCUAAGGGGCCGUUCAAGUAUUACGUAAACACUAUAGGGGGGAGGGGGGUAUUUGAUUUUCUUAUUUGGUGAAUACGUUAACA